UGCCAUGCAUGAAAUCGCGGCCCAUUCAUUCGUGUAGGGCAUAAUUCUCUGUCUCCAAUAUAAUUUUGCCAUUUCAUCAGUUCAUUCGCCACCAUAAAAUAUUUUUCUUGUCCUCAAUCCUUUGUCUUUUGUCCCUUAUCCCGCUAUUUGGUUUUCAAAAUCAACAGAACAACAAAUACGAGAACAUCGCCACAUCUGCUGUGGAUGGGUUUGAUAUCGCUGAAGAGAGUGGCAAACCAUCCUUUUAGUCACAAAACCACUAUUGACACACAUUUCCGCGCCAUGGAGCCCUUGCCAGUGUAUCCACGUGCGGCCACAUCAGUAGAGGUUGCUGCUCAUCCUGGAACCACUCGCUCUUUAAACCACUUAGACGCGGUGGUGACAGAUAUCAAGAUUCCACACCAAGCACACAUCAGAAAGAACACACCUCCGACCUCUCGUCCGACUAAAACCCCGCCUCUUUCUCCAACAUCCAAACGGAAGCCAGCCCCUCUCGUCGCCCCAGCUCCACAUUCUUCUCCUUCUUCUCCUAGAUCAGCACCCUGUCCUGUUACAGCCAUUGUAGUAGCUUCGCCUUCCGGCAACACAACAGCACCGCAGACGCGUCAAAGACAACACUCUGGCGAAAGACUUGAUCAAACUCGUCGUACUAGGCAGUACAGCUCUGGUAGUAGUUUUUCCAGUCUUAAUGGACCUCCAGUCAUCCCUAGAGUACCCUCACUACUUCCUACAGGUACACCGAGUCCACCACUAAUCUUAACUUCCUUCGGAGUAGACUGCUCUCCGCCUUCUUCCUAUUCUUCUUCUCCAUUGGAACCUUCUAUGCUACCAUAUUCGUCACAUAGUCAUCCAUUUCCAACCAGCUUUGGAAGAGAGAAGAAUUUAGUCAACUCGAGUCCCACGCGUCGGGCGCCUAGUAUUGAUUCACCUAUCCGUGAUCCGUAUCGUUUUCGGACGUCUAGUAUAUCUGCUCGAGGAGUCAAGAAUGGUAAGUGUGAGGGGAGGUAUGAUGCGAUGCUCUUACACCAUCCACGCAUCACAGGUCUUCGUACGCUAUUUCUGCUCCCAUCAUUCAUUUUUUUCUGUGUUUUGUGCAUUUAUUGUACACUUUCUGGAAGUCAAGCACAAAGUUAGUCUGUUCUUUUUUCAGUUAGGAUUCCUUUUAUUUGAAAAAAAAGCUUUUUUAUUAUUAUUGCCUGCACAGACAACCCAGAACCUGAAAGGAGCUUUUCUGGUCUGUGCGUGAGUUGUGGGAGUGUGGUCAGGAGGCAGUUACGGGAUGCGAGGAGAGGUGAUAUGGUCGGGAUGGGAGAUCCUUAGUGAGAUCGUUUUUGGAACCAGAGAAGGAUCGGUUAUUAAUUAUCAGCUUAGUGUGUAAUGAAUUUUACUCUGACCGAUUUUGACUGUAACAAAGACAGUGCGAUGGUAGUUAAUGUUUUAACCGAUGUGUGCGUCCUUGCCUGGUGGGCAUGACUGACCAAGAAGUGGCUAUGGUAAUAUGACAAAAGGCAAAGCGUGGCUCAAACAUG